AUGAAACAGGAUUCUCUUGUUGUGGGUAACGGAGAAGACGGGUUGGUGUUAGAAGAUAUGUGAUAUUACAGUAAAAUAGACGGUGUUCGCUUGGCUGUGCACAAUGGCGUCAGCAAUAGCAAGUACUAGUAGUACUAGUAUGAAACCUGAACACAUUCGUGGCGUUGCUCUACAAUCUCCGUCCAUGACCGGUGGCGGUGCAACUGCAAAUCAAAGGUUAUCGCAGUCAUAUACUUUUCCUGUAGCUGACUGGCAACGAAUCCAAGAAAGUUUGAGCAAGCCAACCAGGGAUGCUGACCUGUCGGAAAUUAACCGCAGCGAGCGGGAAGCGUUAAGGAAUAUGUCAAAAAACAUGGUUAAAAACUGGACCAACACGAUCGCCGGACUUAGGCAGAAGAAACUGGAAGCUCGCACAAUUCGCGAGCAAAAAGAUGAAGAAGAGAGAAGGCAAAUUGAUAUCAAAGAAGCAAAAUAUCAAGCUGAGAAGCGCAAAGUGGCGAUUGAUAAAGCAAAGAUGCAACAAUACUUUCAAAUUGAUCGCGUGAAGAAGUUUCAUGGCGCACUGCUGUUAGCAGAUGUGCUGAAGGAGAGAGACAAACAAAUAGAGCUAAAAAGGGCACAGGCGAGCACGAACAAUGCAAGGGAAAACGUCUACUUGGAGGAGGUGAAACGUCGUCUUGAGGAAGAAAAACAGAAGGACCUGCAAACACUGCAGGAGAGACUACAGGCUCGGAAGGAGGCUGCUGAAGCUCAAGCUAUGCAAAGGCAGAUUAAGCAGGAGAAGCUUGAGCUGGAGAGAGUAAAAGCUGCGGAAGAAGGGAAAGAAACACUCGGCAAAAUUAAGACAUAUCUGGCAGUGGUGGACAGAAAGGCAGAAAAGAAAAAACAAGAAAAGUUGGACUUGAUGCUAGCAUAUCGACAAAACAUCCGAGAUAAAGAGCAAUUACAGCUGAUAGAGAAGCAGCAGCUUGAUGAGGAGGAGAUGGAAAUGCACAUUUUUGCAAAGGCUAAACAAAAGAUUGCUGAAAUGCGAAAGGAAAAGGAGCUUGAGUUAUACAAAAGGCGACAAGAACAGAGAGAGAAGAUGGUAGUUCUCUUGGCUGAACAAUUGAAGAAGAAGGCAGGAAAUGAGGAACAGCGUUUGGCAAGAGCAGUUGAGAAGCUUGAAGGCAAGUACAUUUCAGCUGAAAAACUGAAACAGGAGAAGUGGAUAAGAGAGGAACAGGAGAUGACAGAAAACCGGAUCAGUCAAGUGAAGGAAAAGGAGAGACUGUUGGCUGAGGAAUAUGUCAGAGCAAAGGAAGGUCUUCUGGAGAGACGGCAGGCAGACAUGCUGUUUCAUGCUAGAGAGCAAGAGAAAAAGCAACAGAAGUUGCAAGUGGAACAGGAGCUGGAAGAAAACCAUAAACGAAUGAUGGUGAUAAGAAAAGCCAAAGAAAUGAAGGUAGCAGCACAGGAAGGUGUCGGUGGCGGUAGUGGUCCUUUAUUUCCUGGCCGCGGAGGUCAACCGGAUGAUCGACGUGAGCAGACAACACAGACGGAUCCAGGAAUUCUGGAAGGGAAGGGCCCCGUGGAAGCGGAGCGGAUUGGAGAAGGGGAGUUGGCUCACGCAGAUGUUUUAAUAUAG